CUUUUUCCUUUCAAUGAUUCAUGGCACAUGGAAUUGCUGGUAGUUUAUGUCAUUUAAUUGGAAUUUGCAAGAAUAUUUGUUUAAUUUUCAGUGAACGUUCUUUUUUUUUACGUAUUUACCGCUCUCUUCAACUACUUGUGUUUUCCAGGACAACAGUGUGACAAAGAUACGCGUAAGAAGCAGUUGAUGUGUGGAAUAUAACGGAUGAGGGAUCAUCCUGUGCAAUACGAAGUAUUGUUUUGGAAACGUCAGGAGGAUUCAGAUUCAUUUGACAAAGUAUUCAGAGAGGGAAAGAAGCGAAAAAGUCACGAUUAAGCGGAAAAGUAAAAGGAAUUAAAAUAUUAAGCUAAACCAGCCGUUAUACGUGUAGUAAUUCUUAUCAUUUAAAGAUAGCACUGUCCAGAAAAUUGUGAUUUGUUAGCGAUCAACGAACCAAUCAACAGCUGCACGCGCCUAAUUCCAAUUCUUCCAUGGAAUGGUUAUCAGCGCCCAAGUGCUUAGUGUUAACGUUGGCGGAAGCAGUAACAACAGUAAUAGCGGUAAUAGUGAUAAAGGAACAAAAUCAGACAUUGUUAAUAAGAACAGUUCACCAGGAACGACAAAACUUACGACUGGUGACGAAAUCGAAAAUCAAGAAGAUCAGCAGUCGAAAAAUCAAGAGUGUAGCAUCAAUCCAUUGGUUGCGAAAAGCUCGCCUGCAGUCUGGUUUAAGCAUCAACAACCACAGCAGCAUCCUAAGUGGCUGCUAAGUUGUUGCACAUCAAAUCUUACCACAGCUGCGCAACAAUUAACUGUGUUGAUUGAUAGUAUCGGUGGCUGUAUUCCAGAUCCUCUCGCAACACCAGCGACCAAUAUCGCUUUCAUUGCUACUGCUAUUGAUAGUAAGAAUACGACGAUAACAACAACCACAACGGUUUCAACAACUGUUCCUGAGACUACGACAGAACAGGAUAUGAGCCGAGAGAGUCGUCAUGUCCAUGUAAUUGGCCUACCGGAUAGUCUUUCGGAUGAACGAGUCUCAUCAUUUUUUUCCACAUUUGGUCGUGUUCAAAAAGUGGAACGCCUGGGUACCACCGGUUUUGUGGUUAGCUUCAUGGAUGUUCGGUCGGCACAAAAAGCCCAUUCAACGGAGCCAAAAUUUCAAGGUCACAAGUUACGAAUCGCAUUCCACGAACAGAGCAAGAACGGCUUGGUGAACCCGACAGCAUCUAGUAAUGCAGCUGGGGUUGGCUCACCUCAGAAUACGAAAAAUGCUAGCAGUGGCAGUACGACGAUCGAUUCGCAUCGACGUUCAUCUGACCUGCAUUCACCAAAUUCAUCCUCAUCAAAGCAGAUUCAGAAAGAACGAACGUCACAACAUCGACUUUCAUCAUCACGGCGGCAGUCUCGAGAACGUGAACGUGACAGAGAACGAGGAAAUUCGAGUCGAACUGAUGAACGAUCUCAGCGAAGCAGGACUUCAGGCAAUAAUGACCGGCGAAUGGGCGCUAGUGAUUCACGUCCUUCACGGCGAUCACGUCAUUCGCCACGUGCAUCUGCAUCAUCUGAUUCGAGUCGUGAUUCAUGGGUCCUCUGGACACUAUCAUCAUGCGUCGAACACCCAUACUGUACAGUCAACGGUUAUCAAGCUGGGAACACCAAUGGGUCCUCUGGACACUAUCAUCAUGCGUCGAACACCCAUACUGUACAGUCAACGGUUAUCAAGCUGGGAACACCAAGUUCGCGACGCAAUGAUACAAAUUCAUUCAACGAAUUGUCAUCUACAUGUGGUACCCAUGACAGCUUAUCAGGCAUAUAUGUGUCCAAUUUGCCAUCUUCGCGUACGGAAGGUUUUCUAAGAGAUGGCUUGACGAAUUUUUUUAAGAAAUUUGGCAAAGUAGUUCAUAUCAUGUUUGAGACGGAAUCUGGUCCAAAUUUUGUGGAACAGCGUCGAGCACUCGUUAUUUUCCAGAGGCUGAUGGAUGCUGACAAACUCAAGGACAACCAUCAUAUGUUUGGAUUGCGGCUGAAAAUAAGAUUUGCGAGUCACGCUACCGUUACGGAAGCCUACAGCACAUAUCUGGUAACAAAUGGGCAGGCUUGCACACGGUUACAGGAAUGCUUAUCAUCUCAAGAUACUGCUUCAACAUCGAGUUCUUCAGCGGUCGAUGCGCUUGCUAAUCGAGCUUCUCGAACUCUCUAUGUCGGCGGCUUAGAAAGACGGACAACUGAUGAUUCUCUUCGCUCUCGUUUUAGUUGUUUUGGGCAUAUCCUGGAAACAGAAGUGAAGAAUUGGGAAAGUCCAUCACCGUUUGCUUUCAUCCAAUUUGCUGAUAUUCAAUCGGUUGUCUGUGCAAUAAAUGCGUAUGCUCAGUCGACACAUUCAUCCGGUGGUAAAGGCAAAUUAAAGAUGAACUGGGGUCGUACAAUUGUUAGUAACAAGAUUUGGAUUGGAGAGUUGCCGUCAAGCUGUUCGGCAGAUUAUUUGCGUGAAAAAAUUCGAGUAUCGUUCACAGAUACAUUCAAUGAGAAAGCAUUUUCAAUGAUUAAAACAAAGCAGGUAGCUUUUUGGAAUGCAGACGAAAAAAAAGAUGUUCACGUGCCAGUAGAUUAUUGUUCAGAAAAACUACAUGAUUAUUUCGUUGAUCGGAAAUUCCGUGGUGAAUCUGGAAAUGCUCUUGUGAAUGGUAAUGGGCCAGGUUCAUGUACUGGUAACAGCACACUAGCCUGUUCUAGUGGUGGAUUAGCGAUCGCAUCUACAUCUGCUUCAUCGUUACUUGCACCGCCUCCCGAUCCACCAAGUCAUCUUCGUGACACAUCCUCGCGGACCGACGGUCGGAGGUCGAGUUCGAGUAUGGCGUCGCGGAGACGAAGAAGUGAUGAACGAGAGGGCUGUAGAACUUCAUCUCGUUCUUUGCGAUAUUCAUCCUAUAAUAGAUCUCGACGACGACGUGAGAGAGCUAGGCGGAAUGAUGUGUCUCCUUCGUCAUCAUCAACCUCCUCAACAUCUAGUGAUUCUGAUUUAAGUAGUUCCAGUACGCCGGAUAGGAAACGUACAGGCACUGGUCAUUCAAAGACUAACAUUCAACGUUUGCAUAAAGAUAAGACUCCAGUAUGUCCUUCCAGUUCACGACAGCCUAAUUCUCCUUCGAGUGGCAAGCCUGAUCGGAAUUUUGAGCGAUCUAACAGUAUCACUGGAAUCACGCUGCAGACUGUUGCAAAUCGUAGCAGCUCAAGAGCAAGCUUAGCGCAGCUGCUUCCACCUCCCAUGCCAUCGGCACCAAUUUUGAAUCCCGUUAUGAUAUCAACACCAAACGAAAUGAUACAGCAACAAGAAUAUCAUCAUUCAUCUAUGUCAUCGACAAGUUUGUCAGUUGAUAGUGGACUACCGUAUGGAGCAAAUGGAAAAUCCACGGCAGAACAACGAAAUAGGAAAGCGGAGCAACAGCAGACCGAUGCCAAGCGAUUAGACAACAAAGGAUCACAUGUCAGUGGGCUUUAUAAUCCUGCAAUGCAAGGGAAUUUUACUGCAAACGAAUUAAGUGCAAUAACGUCAAAUCGAAUUGAAGAAAUUGCCAACACUUUGGUGAAUGUGCUGCAACAUCAUUCCAAGGCAUCUACGUCAACGACAGCGAGUGCUCCAUUGGCUGUAAUGAGUGGGACUCAUCAGAACCAUUCGUCCACUUGUUCAACCCAGCGAUCUGCUGACGAUUUCUGCGACAGUAGCAGGCAUCAUUCCAGUAGAUUGUCUGCCUCUUUUGCUAAACGGACGAAGUGGCCAUGGGGGAAUGAUCCGAUCAAAAAUCACUGUGCAAUUCCUUUGGAUGGAAGCGCUAAUCGUAGUAGAGAUCCGCGGUACCGGAAAUAUUCGCCACAAACUUCCACCGUCUUACCGUUGCCUAAAUUUGUGCAUGAACGUCGUUCUACGCCAAGCUCAUGUCGGAGUAGCGUACCAGAUCCAUUCCGAUCCCCACAACAGCAGAAGCAGGAUUCAAGAUGCCUAAGGAAUUCUUUACCAGCUUCAAGUUCCAGUCUUGCUGGAUGUAGUUUGAAGUGGAGUGCUGCAGAAAAUUCACCUCCACAGAAAGCGACCAGGGGACGAACACAUUCGUCGGUGUCAAGAUCUGAAUCAAGCAACAGUGAGGCGAUGCUUUCGCCUGAUCCUUCAAACUCAACUACACAAACUUCAUUGGUGACAGGUACCAUAGAUAUUUUCGGGGAUACUUCGCCUUCCAACAACUCGAGUGCUUAUCGUGAACGACUUGAUGCAUUGGGAGCUACUUUUCAAAAUAUCGAGCAGAAAUUUCAGAAAACAAAACAGAACACCCAUCUGGAAUAUGAUCGUAAAGGACCAUUACAACGCAGUUAUAAGUUCGAAGAAGAACUGGAACGACUGAAAGCGCGAACUGGAUCGUCCAGUUCAACAGUAACCACUUCGCAGUCAGUAACAACAACUUGUUCUACGACUUGUUCUCAUCCCACAUCCAACACGUUCACGGAUUCUUUCACGAGAGUACGAAGUGGAUGUGGUACUACAUCGGUUUUCGAUUCGAAGGAUACGGAAAGUCAGAAGCUGAUUCGUACUCCACUUUCGAUCUCCAUUCCAAUGCCACCUGCUCCCUUAGCUUCCACUAGUUCAAGUCCCUAUACAACAGUUUUUUAUACCACAUGUAUCAGUUCGUCCAGUCUUUCAUCACCACAAUUUUCCGGUACUCAAAUCAAAAAGCCUAUUCCAUCAUCGAACAUUACACAGAGCAGUAAUCAGACACCGUCAUCGACAGCUGCUCGUAUUGCUUAUCCUCCAGACUUUAGUGUUCCACCUCCACCGCUUCCGCAACCUCCGGUACCUCCGACAUUGUCUUUGACGGCGUACAAAUCUGCAGCAACCGGCACGUCUCUGAUCUCAGCUCCACCUCCGCCGCCUCCGCUGACCAGUAAUAACAGCACUUCCUAUUUACUCGAUCCGACAUCGUCGUGCUUGACCACAUCGCUUCAGUCACUGACACGUAGCGCUGUUCCCCAAAGCGGUGUGCAGUCUUCAUCCUGGAGGACUGCAGCAAAACCGUCUACUCCUCCACCUCCUGCGUCACAUUCCAGUGUUAGUUCGAAGCAAACCUCAGUCUCAUCUGUAUCUAGCACUCCAAAACCGUCAACAUCAGGUUCAGCUUCCGGUGGUGCUGUGUUAGAGAUGGAUAAAAUGCGGUCACGAACUCAAGGAACUGAGAAGGUGCAGAUGCGAGAGAAAGAGCAUUUGAAGAUCGGUUCGAAGUCGCACUUGCCUGAGAAAAAGGUAUCAAAGGACUUAGCGAACAAGCAACCUUCACUAAGUGAAUUAUUCCGGCAACAGGCGCAGGAUUCGUCAGAAGUUUUAAAAAAGCAGUUGAAGAAAGUCAAAAAAGAGAAAAGCGAUGAACCAUCACACCACAGAUCAAAUGACGAAAGCAAAAAAGGAAUAACUGAAAGUACGAAAGGAAAACAUUCCAAGGAAAAUGAGAAAAAGUUACCGGAAAAAUCAGAUCAAAAUGUAGCUGAGAAAGAGAAAGAUAAACAUGCUGAUGGGAAAGGCCAGUCACAGGAAGCGAAGCUGAAAACCGCAAAUCAGAAGCAACUUAAAGAAAAAAAGAGAAGGAAUUGGUUUAGGGAGAAGGACAAGGAACACGAAGGGGGAGAGCCUGCGUCGGAAAGGAAAAAAACGCAACGACCAAUGGAGAAAAGUAUAAAAAACAAAUCGGUGAAGGAUGGUGGUGGUAUUAAACAGAAGGAAAAGGUCAAAGAAAAGGAACAGCUGCAGAAAUAUCGCUCAAAAAAGAGGCAAGAGGAAGAAAGAUGUAAGCAGAAGGAAAAAGAAAAGGAGCAGAGAAAGAAGGAACUGACUAAAAAGAGGAAGCGAAAAAGGGAAUCGAGUACAAGUUCGAGCGAGGAAGCAUCAUCAUCGGAAGUGGAACUCCAUUCAUUCGACCGAGAAUUGAAACGAUUGUUCAUGGAGGAAGAGGCUUCCGGCUCACUAGGUUUGUCGAUGUACGAUCGAGUCAAGCAGCGCUCAUCCUCGAAACCAGACGAUGCAGCCAGGAAGAAUCGGGCGUUGGAGUUGUUGCAGGAAAGGACACAGAACCGUCGAAAUAAUGAACAAAAUCGACCAAAGCGAGUGCAACUAGAGAGUUCAUCAUCUGAUGAAAAGAAAGGUUCGUCAAACGAUGACGAAUCCGAUAAUUCGUCAGGUCCUUCAAUAGACACAUCUAAAGCUCGUAAAAAGAAAAAGAAAACGGAACCGAAAGGUAAAGCGGCGAAAAAAGCGAAGUCGCUUCCACAAAAGAAGUUACGUGCUGACGACGAAACCGAGUAUAAUGAUGAUGGUGAUAAUAAUGGUAAUGAUGAUGAUGAUGACGAUGAUGAUGAUGGGGUUGGAAAGGAUUCAGAAAGGUCUGAAUCGGAGGAAGAUCACUCAAAGCGAAAACGUAGUCGAAAAGGAGCAGGAUUAAAGAUAUAUAAAAAACAGAAAAAGACGAUGUCAUUAUCACUGGAUGACGUAUUUGGGACUUAUUCCACGGAUGACGAGUCCACGAAGCAUUCCAAAGGCUCCAUUGUUCCAUCCUUAUAUAAGGAAAAGGAUGAAAAAGAGAAUGGUAAAAAAGCUAUCACAAAAAGUGAUGAAAAUCAGAAAUCAAAAAACGAGAAAGAGAAGAUAGAGAAUACUAAGCGUUUAACUUUAAAGAAAGAACGUAAAAAGGAAAAGCUGGACGAAAGCGAUGGAGGCGAAUCUGGUGCAGAAGGGAAAAAGGUUGUCCCACGGAAGACGGAAAGCAAACAAAUCUUCGAAAGAUCGGUUGAAAGGAAGGUUACUGGUAGGAAGCGAUUCGGCAUAAGUGAUGAAGUGAGUGAAGCUACUACCGUAAAUACUGUACUUCCGGAGAAAAAAAAACAGAAAGCGGAGAAAUCUUUGGUUGUAAUCUCAAUGUUCCGAGAGGAAGAUAAAAGGCUGUCUAAAGUGCAAGCGCCCAUCACUCUCGAACAAAAGAGAAAAAGUCAAACGCCUGGAACUAGUAGACAAUUUGAAAAGAAAUUAGCGAAAAAAUUAAAAAGAGAGCAGAAAGAACGACAUGAAGAACAGAAACGAGAGGCAGCUGAGACAAAACAAAAAGAUGAAAAAUUACAAAAUGAAACUCAGCGACAGAAAGUGAAUAGAGCUGAUAGUGGAAAUAGUGAUGGUGCUGGAGUGUCUGGUAUUUCUAGUCUUAAUGAUCGAAACUCAGAAACAGUUGUUCAAAGUCAUGAAUCAUCCAGCACCAAAUGUGUUCGAAAAAGACAUUUCAAAGCUGAAAAUUCUGAAAAAGUGAAAAAGAGCAGAGAGGAGCCGAAAUCACCGAAGACAGAUGUAUCUGAAACGAUUUCUGAUUCUUGUCAGGAUUUGAAAAGGAAAGCUGUGGUAGUAGUGAAGCAGGAACCGUCAAAUAAAUCUCCCGAAAAAAUUGCUGUGAAUAAUGUGAGAGAUGAUAUAUCCGGACCAGAAAGCAAAAGUGGUUCACCUUCUGAUCGUAGGAAUACAGCCCUUCAUCUUCCGCAGUCGGUGAAAACGACGGUCCCAUCUGUUAUACCUGCUGUUGUAGAAGUGAAGCGCAUUGAAGUGGAUUGUAUUUCGGAAGAAUGUGCAACGAAUACAACUUUACACACCAUGGCAAAUGAAUAUCAUUCACCCCGAAAUAAAUUACAUGAUGAAUCAAAUCGGUCCAGUAAGUAUGGCUCAAUGGAACAGAAGUUGGAAACCGAUGGAUCGUCAGUAGUAGCAGAUAAUAUUGUUGUAUCCAGACAUUUCGAAACGGAAUUUGCCGUGCAGUCGAUUGUUUUGGACGAUAGUCGAAGUCAGCAUAGCGGUGAAGAUAGUAGCGCCGCUAUGGAUUAUUUGAGUGAAGGCGUUGGUGGUUCAAAUUCGAGACGUGGUAGCCUCAACGAUUCAGCAACAAUGGCCAAUAUGAAUUUAAAUGCGAAUAAGCAGCAGGAGGAGAACAAUUCACAACAUAAUGCAGAUGACGGUAAUGGUGACAGUAUUACAUCAAAAUCAGCAGCGGAUACUGAACGUCAGGACAUGCAAUCGGAAGGUACUGACGAUGGUAAAGGUAAAAUGGACGUAGAUAAGCGAAGUGAUUCACAUCUUGACGAGGUAAUUGAUGAUGUAGUGGCCGGUGGGUAUAUGGAAGUAGAUGCUGAGCAACUAAUGCGUAUAAACUCAAAGAAGGCAAAAGAGGAAGCGGUUUUACGAGCUGCGGCUGCAUCUACACAGGGAAGCAUUAACGCAAAAGUUAUGCCAUCGAUAAGUUUCUCAAGAGAUGCUGAAACAUCGCAGUAUGAUUAUCAAAAUGCUGCUCAAGGAUCGUCGCAUAUCCAACAGCAACAGUAUGGAAGCAGUGGUUAUCAUGUGCAACAAUCACAACAGCACCAGCAACCGCAAAUGCCGCAGCAAAUACCUUUGCAGCAGGAUCUUUUGUCGAAACCGCUUCAGCAGCAGCUGCAGCAAAAUGUUAUCCAUGGUAAUAGCCAUGUGGUACUUCAGCAGCAACCACAACAGCAACAGCACAUGGGUCAAGUUGUAAUGCAACAACAGCAACAUAGUCGCCUAACUUCUUAUCAGCAAUCACAAUCGCAGAUUAUGAAAGUUCCCGAGACGACAUAUCUUCAGCCACAACAUUUGCCACCCAUCGAGCAGCGGGUACAGGGAACUACUGCGAUAUCGCAGCAGCAGCAACCACAUCCGCUGCAGUCACAGAGUGUAACAACAGGAAGUUUGCCAUCAUAUUAUCCAGGUAGGAAUGCUGUUCAGCAUCCUGGUACAGCCAGCUUUGCCUCACCUCAGAUGUCCCUUCAGCAGCAGCAGCAGCAGCAGCAGCAUUUGUUCCUGCAGCAACAGCAAACCACGGACAACAUGCAAAAUAUAACUAAUACAGUAAGUACCGGUGCUGUCCAUGCUGUUUCGCAGCUGCCUGAUGUGUGCCAACAGGUUGUACAAACAGCGUCAUCACAACAGCAAACAACGCAGUUGGUAGCUCAAUCACAUGUGCAGCAUCAACAAUCGAUAAAUUACGGUUCACCUAUGAUGACCGCCACAUGUAAUGCUGCAACAGUUGUAGCUGCACAGACUGUAUCUACUGCAUCUCGACAGCUAGAUUUGAACAAACAAAUAGGUUUAUCAACAGCACCGUUCCAAGAAUCGAUCAGUAGCAGUCCUUAUGAUUUAUAUGCUAAUCUACCGAGGAAACCAUCAUCCGGAGUAGUACAAUCACAGCACCAACAGCAGACUCAAGCAACUCAACAGCAGCAACAGCAGUUGAAAGUUUCCACAGAAACGCGUCAGAAUCGUCCUAAUCCAUCACUGCUUGCUGCACCAUUAAUGGGGCGUGCUGGAGCUGCGCCUUCCGGUGCAGCUGCAGCAAAUUUGCAAGCUAAUCGGUCAAAUGCAUCGACUAAUGUUGCACAUCAAGCAAAUCGUGCAAUGCAGCAGCAGCAGCAGCAACUUUCGCCGACUGCGCAGCAAGCAGUUGCAUUUGCAAUCGGUUUACCUGGUAGUACUUCACCAUUUACUCAAAUGCAACAGCAAUAUUUGCAGCAGAUGUAUCGUUCAACACUCUUCAACACAUUCCAAGCUGCGGCAGCAACAAGUGCCUAUGGUAGUGGAAACGUAGCUGCGGCAACCGGAGCAUAUGGACCAGGUGGUUAUUCGGGGACACCAAACAAUCCAACAGCAGCAGCGGCAGUCGCCGUUGCAAGUGCAGGUGUACUGCCUGGUACUGUACGACAGGAUACGCAACGACAACAGCAACAGCAGCCGCAUCUAGCGGAUCUUCAUCAACAACAACAGCAGCAACAGUAUCUGACGUCUAAUCUGUAUCAACAGUCUUCGCCAACGACUUCACUUUGCUCUCCGCAGCAAGCUAAUGUUGCGACGCAGCAACUGAAUUCUCUUUACGGUGCAGCCACUGGUGCGUUUCCGAUUUCGUGCGAAUCUUCGUUACUCUCUACACAACAGAUGACUAAUCAACCAGGAAUAUAUCAUGUUGGAGUUGGACAGCGUCAGCAAGAUGCUAAACAGUCGCUGAAAUCGAAACUGCCACAACAACAAUCGCAACAGCAACAGCAAGUAAAAACUUACGCUGGUCUACCGGCUGCGUCGGUUAUUGCCCGAUAUCCGGUUAUGUGGCAAGGCAUAAUUGCACUGAAAACAAACGAAACUCGUGUGCAGAUGCAUAAGGUUGGUGGUAAUGCCGAAAUGUGCAAACGAUCAUUAGAUCAGUUUACAACAACAUCAAAUCAUAUGCCAUUAAUAAGAAUUAACCAACGAAUGCGUAUGGAAGCGGGUCAGCUUGAAAGUGUUCAAUGUAAAAUGAUGGAUGAGCAUUCGUAUAUUGCGUUAAUUUGUCUCUCAUGUGGGCCGAGUAAAGAAGAUAUAAAGAGUCAGUCAGAGCUACUGAAAGAACGUUUUGUUGAUUAUUUGGAAUCAAAGCAGGCUGCUGGAAUAUGCAAUGUUGGCAACGAGCAGAAUCCGACACCUAAUACCAUCGUGCACAUCUUUCCACCGUGUGAUUUUGCAUCUGCAUUCCUGCAGAAGAAUAGUCCGGAUCUACUGGAAAUAUUCAGGCAACAGAAAGCUAGCUAUCUGUUUGUCGUCAUUACAUCUGCCAAUUAGUCCUUUGAAGUAAGAUAGCCUUCAUCACACAGAUGUCUUGAGGAAACGGUAUCUUCAAAGAUGUCCUGUGCGACGGGGAAAAUUUGUUGGAAGAACAUAGAAGUUAUGGUAUAUUGAUCUCAGAUGUGUACUGUAAUUCGUCCAGUGUUUCGGGAAAAACAUUUUUUUUCUUUAUUUCGACUGUGUGGAAGUUUAUUUUCUAUUGAUUUUGUUCAUGUUUAUGGGGACAUUUAAAAAAUUCUUUGUCCCUAUAAAGGAUUAUUUGCUGAGUCCUUUGUAUGAUAUAUAUGGGGCUGACUUUUUUUAAAAGAUCUGAAGAGGAGGAUUGAAAGAUGUUAUUUAGCUAAAUGUAGCUCCAUGAACGGUCUUAUUGUUAAAUUGAGUAAUAAGCUUAUUUUCAUCCGUUUACAUUCAUGACCUCGACGCAGUAAGCAACAUUUUCACACAGUGCUGAUCAAACUUCUGUCCAUGUGAUCACUUUAGGGCAAUGUAUUUUCGCUUUUGGUUUCAAAUGGUACUGGAAGAGAUUCAUGGAAGGUUAAUCGGUGUCGAGUGUGUUUUGAGAAGUUUUCCUUCGGUAUAUUUCUUGGUAUUUCUUCACCGUGUCCUGCACCGGUUUUUUUUUUUUUUUUUUUUUUUCGCUUUGCCAGGUUUUUUCUUCCAACACUGGGAUUUGGUCGCUACGGUUAAAAUGCUCUCAAUUGCUACUAAUGGCACCCUUAAUACUAC